CUUGUCAGAAAAUAUUUAACCUUGGUACGAACUCAAGAAAAGAGUUCAUAUUCUUCAAUGCCUGCAUAUUUUAAAUUACACACUACAGUAGAUUAACAAAAUAUAACUCUCAAAUUUCACCUUUCGAAUUCUCACAAUUUAUUCAAAUUCCAGUACUUCUCUCCAAUCUUCUUUUUAUAUAAUUUAAUUAAUUUUUUUUCUACUGUAAAACUAAAUUAGGGUUUUUAAUUGAUAGUUCCUAAAUCCCAAUAUGUCUCAAUCCAAUGAUCAAGCAGCUGGAGUUGAUAACACUUUUAGAAGGAAGUUCGAUCGUGAAGAGUUUUUGCAGCGAGCUCGGGAGCGAGAAGAAAAGGAAAAAGAUGGAAGGUCGAAAUCUAAAUCAAAAGGACCUCCAGUGCAGAGGCAGCCAUUGAAGCAUAGGGAUUAUGAAGUUGAUCUCGAGUCUCGUUUGGGGAAGACCCAGGUUGUCACUCCAAUAGCACCACUUAGCCAGCAGGCUGGUUACUUUUGUUCAGUUUGUGAAUGUGUGGUAAAGGAUUCUGCAAAUUACUUGGACCACAUCAAUGGCAAAAAACAUCAAAGGGCUUUGGGUAUGUCUAUGCGAUCAGAGCGAGCAACUCUGGAUCAGGUACGACAACGGUUUGAGGUUCUAAAAAAGCGAAAAACGCCUGGCAGUUUUUCAGAGCAAGAUCUUGACGAAAGAAUAUUAAAGCAGCAACAAGAGGAGGAGGAGAUAAAACGUCAGCGUCGGGAGAGAAAGAAAGAAAAGAAGAAAGAGAAGGCUGUUGUGGAGGAGCCUGAGAUAGAUACUGAAGUGGCUGCUAUGAUGGGAUUUGGUGGUUUUGGUUCUUCCAAAAAAUGAGAAGGUUGAAUGAUCCAUUUUUCUGUAUUUUCUCUGUAGCGUAGCGUAGGGAUUGACCACCGCUAACUUCUGUUGCUGUUAGUUUAGUCAUUGUAUCUUAUGUUUCUGAUAAAAUCUUCUUGAACUAGAGGUUUCAGAAAAAGUUGCAGCAAAUUGUUCAUUGUUUCAUACAAGGAAUAGUAAUAUCAGUGGAGUUUUAAGGAAA